AGCAAAAGAAGCUAAUGAAUGGCCAAACAAUAGAAGAGUAACAAUUGCAGCAGGAAUAUUAAGGGAAGAAGCAGCUGACUGGUAUAAUCUAGUAAGCACUACAAUUAACAGAUGGGACGAAAAUGCAAAUACAGGAUUUAGGGAAAGAUUCUUAGCACGUUUCUCAUCGCAAGAAAAAUUAUAUAGAUGA